AUGCCGCGGCGGCCAGUCUCGGCGCGUCUCUUCGGCUUCUGGGGCAGGGCGACGAGAUCUGCGCAGAUCCAGCUCACGGGCACCUGCGGCCGCUGCGGCCCUCACGUGUGCACGGCGCCCGACGAGGGCGAGCGGGAGAUGCGCGGCAGCAUCUGGUAUCGCCCGCAGGGCGGCGACGCAGACGUGGACUGGGACGCCUUCGCGCGCGUGCCGACAUCUGUGUACGACGGCGUGGCGCCCGCGGGGUUCUUGGACUUCUACCGCCUGGCGCGCGCGAACGCGGCGGCGGUGUCGGACAGGGGCUCCGCGAUCUUCCGGACGCACGCGCGCCUGAACCACUCGUGCGAGCCCAGCUGCCUCUGCGACUUCCCCGCGCUCGCCGCGGCGGGCGCGGGGGGCGCCGGCUGCCCCGCGGCCGUUGCGGUGCUGGCCGAGCGCGAGAUCGCGGCCGGCCAGGAGGUCUGUAUCAGCUACCUCGGCCGCGACGAGGGCGUCGAGGACC